UUCUUUUAAGUCAAGACUCCACAUUUUCCCUUCUCCGGAUACUUAACGCUUCUAAUUACUCGCCAGCCUGGCCUCAUGCUUGACCUGGAACAACUGGAAGUGAAAACACGGAUGAGAUUGAGAUUGAGAUUGAGAUUGAGAUUGAGAUGCAGCAGAUACCUCAUAAUAAUCAAUCUUAUUAGAUUAUUCUGUAUUCCAAUUGCCCCUCUUAAUUAUAGUAUUUAAUCAUCAAUUUCAGAAAUAUUAAUUAAUUUAGAAAAAGAUGCGGAGAGAGAGAGAGAGAGAGAGAGAGAGAGAAGAGAGUGGUUAGCAGCAGAUUGUAGUAUUUUAUUUUACCAUUACUGUUUCUUCCAUCAAUAAAGAGGCGGCGCCAUUCAUCGGAGCUUGCUUUCAAUGAAGCCUUAAAUAUGCCCUCUCCCUCCCUCUGCCGCCCGGAUAUGCUGUUUCUUUCCUGGCCCAAGGUUUCCGUGAGUUGUCGUGCUUGAAUUUCGGGCGUUUCAUUUUCGCUUUCCCAUUUCGAGAGUAUCACUCUUUUUCUGGCUUGCUUUCGGCGCAAGAUAAUUUGGGGGCUUUCUUCAUAUUUCCGAUUGCCCUCUGCGCAGCUCAGUUAGUAAAUCGCUUGUCGAAAAGAUCUGAUUUUUUCCACUCUUGACGGUUUUGUGAGGCACUGCAUUGACAUUGACCCUUCCCUCACACACUGACGCAUAUCUUUGGAUUGCAUGCAUCAACGGGUGUUUCUGGGCAAGAGGAUGAUGGGAUUGGUGUUGAAGAUUUGUUGAGCUACAACGGAUGGAGGGUGGAAGACAGAAGAAAUCUGCUUUUGAGGGUAAUGCAGUCCUGGAUUUUCAAUGAUCAAUUGGCUGAAAUCGGUUUGUGAGAAUGAAGUUGUUGGGCACAAGGUUGAAUUGGAUUGGUUUGUUCAGCUUCUUAAUGAUCUGAUUUAGUAACCAGCGGAGGAUCUCAAAUGGACUCGAGGAAUUCUACUCCUUCAAGAUUCUUUGGACGGUAUUGGGAUUCUCUGGCAUGCAAAUGUGUUAUCUUUGUUAUGAUCGUUUUGGUUUUUAGAGCAUUUUGCCUUCCUAGUUAUUCUGGAUAUGGUGGCACCGGACAGACCAAAUUAUUUACUUUCAUCAAUCAAUCUCCUGCUUCUAUUACAAAGCAGGUUCAGGGUGAAAAAGUAAAGUUUUUGGAGGUUCCUCAAAUUGUGUGGGGAUUGAAUAAUCAAAAGAUUGCAUUUGCAAGAGCUUGUUUAACUGCAAGAAUGCUGAACCGAACUCUUUUGAUGCCCAAUUUGAGUGCCUCCCUAUUCUACAAAGAAGUUGAACUGCUGAAGCCCAUUUCAUUCGAGAAGGUGUUCCAGUUUGAUAGGUUUAAUUCGCAUUGCAAGGGAUUUGUCCAAUUGGGUCGUUAUGGGGAAGUUUCAAAUGGUACUGACAUCAUGGAGCUGCAAAAGGGAAGCGGGAGAAGAUGGACGAUUGAAAAAGAUUUGGAUCAGUUGAGAAUGUUCAACAAACAUCCAUUGGAUCAAUAUGAAAUCAUUAGAAUAGUUGGCAAGAAUCCUUUUUUAUGGCGUGAUCACUGGCCAGUUAAAGAUUAUGCCAAGGUCUUUCAGUGCUUGCUCUUGGUGGAAGAAAUAUCCCGGGAAGCUGAUAAAGUUGUUACACGGAUUAAAGAAAUUGGUCUUGAAGAAAGACGAAAAGCGCAUUCACCCCAAAACGAUCUCAAUUUAUCUUUAGAACAAGGGCCGUAUGUAGCAGUUCACAUGAGAAUUGAGAAGGACUGGAUGAUUCACUGCAAGAAACUGGAGCAGAGAUUAAGCACAAAGCAAAUUUGUAGCAGCAAGGAACAGAUCAUGCAAAGAGUGGGAAACAUCCUUCGCCUGAAAGCCAAAAUUCCAAUUGUUGUUUAUCUUGCAGUUGCUGAUGACCUUCUUGAAGAUAAUUCUGUAGUCAGUGGUUGGAAUGAAGGAUUGCUUCCUUAUGAGAAGAAAAGGCUGGGGGUCUUGGACAUAUAUAAGAAACACCCCUAUUUGAUUCAAUCAGCUAUUGAUUAUGAAGUGUGCUUGAGAGCUGAUAUGUUUGUGGGGAACAGCUUCUCAACUUUCUCGAGCCUCAUUGUUCUUGAUAGAACUCAGAAAAUGAUAGCCAUGGGCAUUACCGAACUCUGCGGAAUGGAUGUUAGAUGGCCUUCCUAUGCCUACAACAUAGGAGAUGAAUCUGGUGGUCCGCAUCCAUGGGCAACCAAUAUGUCUGAUUUGAGCCUCCAAGCAAUUAGUUAUGGUACAAAUAAUAUCUCUUGCAGUUAAUUAUUUAGUACAAUUUUGACAUUAUAGUCUCAGGUCGUUUGCACAAAUGUAGCGCGUGAUUGGGUGUUGGGGGAUUCAUAGGUUUUAUUUUCUAUACCUGUUGGAUUUUCUCCGCAUUUUUGGAUACUUUGUGUGUGAAGUACUGACUGAUGACAGUUUGUUGAUCAUUUGGGUUCCAGAUGAUAUCACUGAUUAUAGUCA